AUGGGUGGAGCAGUGAGAUGGUUGAAAGGAUUGUUUGGCACUAAGAAGAGACUCACUUCCGGAUAUGGUUCCUACAGAGGCGGUUACUGUAAUCUCCCGACGGACACUGUUUGUUUGAGACCUUUCCUGACGGAUAAAGAGAAGGAACAAAACAAGAACAUGAAUGCUGUUGCAACCGCAGCAGAAGCAGUUUCUGUGGCUAAAGUGUCUGCAGAAAUGGUUAGACUGACCGGUGAAGGAAGAGCGGGAGAUAUCAUCACGAGGGAGGAACUUUGGGCCGCUGCGAGGAAAGCAUUACGAGCUUUGAAAGGUAUAGUGAAGCUACAAGCUCUAGUGAGAGGAUACUUAGUGAGGAAACGUGCGGCUGCGAUGCUGCAUAGCAUACAAGCUAUGAUUAGAGUCCAAACCGCUAUGCGAUCUAAACGCAAUCGCUACCACAAGAAAGAGUACAACAACAUUGAUUUGGAGUUGAACUUACCAAAGAAGAAGUGGAAGUUUGGGACUCCGAAAAACACGCCGCGAUUGUCAUCUUCAUCGAAAUUUGCAACAACACCGAGAUUAACAUCUUCAUCUCACCACCACACGGCUAAUAAUAAUCGCUACUAUGUAAUGCGGUCUCCUAGUAAAAGUGUCAGUGGAAAUGCUCACUCUGGCUAUGGACUGACCACUCCUGGUCCUGGCUAUAUGGAGAACACGCAGUCAUUUAACGCGAAGCAGCGUUCGCAUAGCGCACCUCAUCGGCUUUCUGAGAGGAACCGGUUGUCGCUAGAUGAGAUUAUAGUCUCCAAAAAUCGCGGUAGCGGUGAGAGUUUGCUGCAACAGCAGCAACAACGCUAUUCUUGUUCUAGCUACAUGAUUCUGUAA